AUGGAGGAAUACAGCAAAGACCUCUUGAAAUUGGAGACCAAGACUUCGGCCGCAGCCUCCACCUCAUGUUUAGACUCAAAACUCUUCGUUUGCAAGAAAGACAGCUCCUUUUCUCCGUCUGAAGCUCCUCUUCUUAAGCCCACAAUGUUUCCUGUUCCCAAGAGUCAAGUUCUAGGAAAAGUCCAGGACUUUCUCAGUGUCUUAUCUGAAUCGAACAAAAAGCUGAUGCACGACGCAAAGGAUAAUCCCGAGAAUUAUGAUAUUGAAAUGCUCAAUGGGAAAGAAUCGGAAUACAUUGAAAUGGAUCUGAUGCUGGGAGUCGCUGAUCUUCAUACCCCAGAGGCUGUAGCUGCUGCAGAAUCUGCAAUGGCUGGCCGUGAACCAUUGAUUCCUUUACCAAACAGUGAAGAUAGCAGUGAUGAUGAUGAUGAGGAUGAUGAUGAUGACAGAAGGGAGAACAAGUUUAGUACACAAGAUUACGAAGACGGUUCAUGUUCAAAAGAUGCUGAAACAGAUUGUUCUUCUAAGCCAUUGAGAAAAGAGAAACCGAAAAAGCGGCCCAAGAUUGUCGAGCUCUCAUAA